AUGUAUUUCGCAGGGCUGGCAAACCCGUUUACUCCAAGGGCUGAUUUCCCGAUCAAACCGCUCUACCAUUGUCUAUUCGUCUAUGUUUUCCUCGCAGCCUUUUGUCAUGCAGAAACAUACACCGAUGCAGCAUGCAACGCCGCAGUCCUAACCAUGAAUUCGUGUGCCUCCCGCUGGGACAGCAUCCGCACUGAGUGCACCAACUCCGUCACGACAAACACCGUGUGGCCCGGCCCUUGCGAGUGCGCAUACUACAGGAAUGAUCUGCCCUGCUUUGAUGAACAAGUCCUAUGCGCCGCACAGGUCUGGACCCAAGUGCCGCAGUGGUUUCGAGAUGGGGUUACGAGCUGCUUGAUGAAAGAUGCUUCGUACACCAUCCGCGCGCAAUUGGGAAAUGCACAGAACCCGUUCCUGGUGUCGGGCAUCGCUGGGAUCUUAGCAACGACGUCUGGGACUUUUGCUUCGUCGGCGGGGUCGAGUGCGCAGACGAGUCUGGGUGCUUCGGCAGCUACAGCGCAAGAAACUUCAUUAUCUUCCGGGGCAGUGUCGACUACACUGGAGAGCCGGGUCACAACGCAAGAACAGACGUCAACGACAACUCAACGCAGUCCGACCCCUUCAUCGAGUUUGACGGGCUCCGCAACACAGCGAAACGGCCUGUCCACAGGCGCAAAAGCCGGAAUUGGUAUGGGCGUCAGUCUCGGUGUCAUAGCGGCUGUUUUUCUAUGUCUCUUCUGGUUCAUGAGAAGGCGAAGAGCUCCGGUACAUUCGAAGUUCUCCACUGAAUCCGGAUCCGAAGCUUCUGAACUGCAUGGUCAAUGCGCAGAGAUACAUGAAGCGUCAUCGACGAUGGUGUGGCCCACCAACGAGCUUGUUGGGAGUUUUCCUGGAAAACCUGACAAUGGGUUGGAAUCUGAGAUGGAUGGAAACGGUUUGCAUGGCUGUUAUUGGCGAAGAUACGAACUCGAAGGGCGAAUGCACUAAGGGGACAAAAUUAUUGAGGUACUCUUAGACAGACGUGUGUUUCGGC